AUGCUUAGGCUCCAAGAAGCCGGCAUCGAGCUCAUUUUCCCAUCAACACCAAUCGGCUGUUUCGAUCACGUUCCUUUGCUGAUCAUGGAUACUGAACGCGUCACUACGCAUAUUGGAGCCCAAGAAUCGCAACACACUAGUUUUGUUUAUCCAAGACUCUUUAUCAUCAAGAGAGACGCAAGACCAUCGCUCAACGGUAAACAUCUGUUUAGGGAUACAGGAACACUUCGGCUUCAGGAAGCCGGUGCCAUCGCACUCAAUCCCAAAACGUCAUCUGAGACUCUACAAGCACGACCGUCACUCAACGGUCAACCUCUGGAUCGGGAUCCAGGCACACCUCGGCUUCAGAAAGCCGGCGUCGUACUCUCCCAAACGUCUCUGAGACUCUACAAGCCCGGCCGUCACUCAACGGUCAACGUCUGGAUCAGGAUCCAGGAAGAUCGCGACUUCCAUGAAGCCGGCUUCAUGCUCAUCAUCACUGCCUUACCCUCUAAAAGUACAGUUCUGCAAAGUCACUCAUACAGCAAUGGCUAG